AUGGAAUUUCAAAUUAGAAUCCCUUUUUUACUCAUCAUAUUCUUUAAUUCUUUAUUUUCAACAAUGGCCACUAAUUUGGAAACUUACAUUGUUCAAGUUGAAUCUCCAAAUAGUCAAAUUUCUACUCAUAGGACAUCAACAAUGGAUUUAGAUAGUUGGUACCAUUCAUUUUUGCCAACAACUAUAGCCAAUUCAAUUGAAGAUACGCGUAUGGUUUAUGCAUACCACAAUGUGAUUAAAGGUUUUGCAGCUAAAUUAUCAGACGAGGAAUUGAAAGAAAUGGAGAAAAAAGAAGGAUUCAUUUCAGCGCGACCUCAAAGGGUGUUGUCUUUGCACACUACUCAUACUCCGAGUUUUCUUGGUUUGCAACAAAAUAUGGGAUUUUGGAGAGAUUCUAACUAUGGAAAAGGUGUGAUCAUAGGUGUAUUGGAUACUGGUAUUGCUCAUGAUCAUCCUUCGUUUAACGAUGAAGGAAUGCCUCCUCCUCCUGCUAAAUGGAAAGGUAAGUGUGAGUUCAAUUCUACUUUUUGUAACAACAAGUUGAUUGGAGCGCGGUCUUUUAGCUUUGGAAAGGGUACAACAUUGGAUGAUGAUGGUCAUGGUACUCACACCGCGAGUACUGCUGCCGGAAGUUUUGUUAAGAAUGCUAAUGUUUAUGGAAAUGCUAAUGGCACAGCGGUUGGUGUUGCACCUCUUGCACACUUAGCUAUUUAUAGGGUAUGUACUAGUGUUGGUUGCUCGGAGAGUGAUAUAUUGGCCGCGAUGGAUGUUGCAAUUGAAGAUGGAGUGGAUAUCCUCUCCCUCUCGCUUGGUGGAAGUACUAAAUCUUUUCAUGAUGAUGCAAUUGCACUAGGGGCAUAUAGUGCAAUGGAACAGGGGAUUUUCGUUAGCUGCUCUGCAGGUAACAGCGGUCCAACUCCUAAAUCUGUAGCAAAUGAAGCCCCAUGGAUUCUCACUGUUGGUGCAAGUACCCUUGAUAGGAAUAUCAAGGCUACUGCAGUACUCGGAAACAAGGAAAUGUUUCAAGGCGAAUCAGCUUUUCAACCAAAGGAUUUCUCUUCUCAUUUGUAUCCUCUUGUUUAUGCUGGUGGUUCAAAUCAAAGUGAUAUUAACGAUCCUUACUGCAGCACAACGUCACUGAACAAAACAGAUCUCACAGGUAAGAUUGUUUUGUGUGAAGUUGGUGGUGGAGUAACAAGAGUAGACAAAGGUCAAGCAGUGAAAGCUGCAGGAGGUAUCGCGAUGAUACUAAUGAAUCGUAUACAAGAUGGUUUCACAACAUCAGCUGAUGCACAUGUACUCCCAGCUACCGAUGUUACAUAUGCAGAUGGUCAAAAAAUUCUUGCAUAUAUAAAGUCAACAUCAAAUCCUUUAGCCACCAUAACAUUCCAAGGGACUAUAAUCGGAGACAAAAAUGCUCCGGUCAUUGCUUCUUUCUCUUCUCGCGGUCCUAGCAGAGCAACCCCUGGCAUUCUAAAGCCUGAUAUUAUAGGCCCUGGAGUUAAUAUCCUUGCAGCAUGGCCUACCUCUGUAGAGAACAAUACCGAACCAAAACCUACAUUCAACAUUAUAUCUGGCACCUCAAUGUCUUGCCCACACCUAAGUGGAGUAGCAGCAUUGCUUAAAAGUUCCCAUCCAAACUGGUCUCCAUCAAUGAUUAAGUCUGCAAUUAUGACAACCGCAGAUACUGUGAAUUUGGGGGAAAAGACCAUCCAAGAUGAAAAUCAUGAACCAGCUAACCUUUUUGCCAUUGGUUCAGGUCAUGUAAAUCCAUCUAAAGCAAAUGAUCCAGGACUUGUUUAUGAUAUCCAACCUAAAGACUAUGUACCUUAUUUAUGUGGUUUGAACUAUACAAACCGGGAGGUUGGAGUUAUUGUGCAACGAAAGAUCAAUUGCUCAGAGGUAGGAAGUAUUCAACAAGGACAACUAAAUUAUCCUUCGUUUUCUAUUAUACUUGGAUCAACUCCUCAGACAUACACGCGGACAGUUACAAAUGUUGGUGAAGCUAAAUCAUCUUACACUGUGGAUGUUGUUUCACCACCAGGUGUUGAUGUUAAAGUUGAACCUUCAGUUCUGAAGUUCGCGGAACUAAAUCAGAAGAUGUCAUACCAAGUAACGUUUACUCAAAUAGUUAAUCGUUCAUCAGGCACUGUUGAUGUAGAAGGAUUCUUGAAAUGGAAAUCUACCAAGUACUCUGUUAGGAGUCCAAUUGCAGCUUUGUUGACCCAAAUCAUUUAG